UAGCGGCUGCUUGCCUGCUUGGACUGGUCUCGAGGACGUUGCGGACGGCAGGGCUGUGCUGACUUUCCUGGUAGCGGGGCUUUUGCUGAGGACGGCGUGCGGAGCAGGGGGAAUGAAGGAUGGCAGCACGCCGUGCGUUAAAAGCUGUUUUGGUGGAUCUCAAUGGCACACUUCACGUUGAAGAUGCAGCUGUGCCAGGCGCCCAGGAAGCUCUUAAAAGGUUGCGUGGAGCUUCUGUAAUGGUUAGGUUUGUGACCAAUACAACCAAAGAGAGCAAGCAAGACCUACUGGAUAGGUUGAAAAAAUUGGAGUUUGAUAUCUCUGAAGAUGAAAUAUUCACUUCGCUGACUGCAGCCAGAAAUUUAGUAGAGCAGAAGCAGGUUCGACCCAUGCUGCUAGUGGAUGAUCGGGCGCUCCCUGAUUUCAAAGGAAUACAAACAAGUGAUCCCAAUGCUGUGGUCAUAGGAUUGGCACCAGAACAUUUUCAUUAUCAAAUACUGAAUCAAGCAUUCCGCUUACUCCUGGAUGGGGCCCCUCUGAUAGCAAUCCACAAAGCCAGGUAUUACAAGAGGAAAGACGGCCUCGCCCUGGGGCCUGGACCAUUCGUGACAGCUCUGGAGUAUGCCACAGACACCAAAGCCACAGUCGUGGGAAAACCAGAGAAGACGUUCUUUUUGGAAGCAUUGCGGGGCACUGGCUGUGAACCUGAGGAGGCCGUCAUGAUAGGAGAUGAUUGCAGGGAUGAUGUCGGUGGGGCUCAGAAUGUUGGCAUGCUGGGUAUCUUAGUAAAAACUGCAGCCUCCUGCGAACAUGACUGCCCUUUGAUGUAAGCAAAAAAGAGGAAGUACCAAGAAAGAAAAAGUCCAGAAAAGUCAUCGCACUCAUGGUCCCUCCCUGUAUCCUAAUUUUCAAGUUCCUGCCAUUCACUGUUUUAUUUCCUGGUCACUGAGGAAAUCUCCAGAUAAGUAUUUCUCCUCUUGUCUAUUACCCCUGCGAACAUUUUCUCUCCUCAAUUCACAUCAUUAAGGAUUUAUACUAAGUAUGAAAACCCCCUAUGCCAGUGUCUUGUGGGCCCUGCUUCCUCUGCCAUGGCUGGCUUCUGUUGGUUGUCCCUUCUUUCCUGACUGGCAGUUGGUUGUGGUCAGCCUGUCACGGAGCCAUCUAGUUGGUCUUAGAGAAGCCAGCAGCAGAACACGACCGAAUUGAAAAUGUAUAGCCAGUAAACAGCAAGUCCAGUCCAGGGAAAUAGGCCCAUUUGUACUGUUCAUGUCUGGUCAGAAACAAGCCCAAGUAAGCCCACUGUUCUAAAAGCACACAAAAUGGCUAGCUCUGUUGGUGAUUUUGAAAUCCAUGCAUUGGAACAAAUACUACGCUCCCCAGUGUUGAAAAUGAUCACAAAGGUGUUAAUCUAUCCCAUAAUAAGUGCUUCUUACGGAUGGUCUUGAGCAAUUCUGUUUCUCAGUGAGUGGCACCUGGUGGAAGCUCAGUAUGCAUUUGCCCAACGAUGUUAUUAAAGAUUUGUGACUAGUCCUGCCCAGAAUGUAUUUGCUUAGCAUGUAAAACAGUCACCUAGAAAAGGUGGGGUCACUCUUGAUCUAAUAUCCUCGAAAUGGCUUCCUGUACUCUUCCAGGAAUUCAUCCAUCCAGGAGAGCACAGACUGCCACAGUGAGUGAGGCAGGCGUGAGUGCUGGUGGCCUGCUUUGUUCACGCGGCCCACAUCAGUGAGCACCUGCUGCAUGCCAGCCACCAUUUGAGGUGCUGGAGCUACCACACACGUCUGUAAGCCACUGUGUCGGUGAGGACUUUGUAGAAGCCCCCACCUGCACAGCCAGAUGGCAAGAGCAUUCUGCAAGCCCUUAACUCCGUGGCUAAGAAACUUGACUUUCACAUAUGCGCCCUUAUGCCACUGGAUCCGGGAAGUAGGUGGUAUGGUAGAGCAGUAGUCAGUGACUUCUGUUUGAAACCAAGUAGAAAUGUGGCAAGAGUUUGUACUUAAUGGAAUUUAAGGUUGAGGAAGAACUAGCCCCAGAGUUUUCUGUGUGGCUCCUACCGCGGACAGGUGCCUAGAUGAGGUGAAUGAGGCCGGUGUUUGUUCGCUUUGUACAUUUGAUGCUGGCUCGGGGCCUAUAGGGAAUUCACAGUUAGUAAGACAAAGCAGAAAAUAUUUUCACCACAGCGCAGAGGUGUGGAACAGGACUUUCAGGCUUUCUGUUUGCUGAGCAAAGCCUCAUAAAGAGGUAGUUAAUGGAGAAUGGCGGGAACUGUAGGAAUGGUGGGUCUGUUGUUAGGGGAGCUGGAUUCAGGCAGAGAGUGCUGGAGAAUGCAGAGGGUUAAAUGGGAGAGAUCAAAGGAAAAGGGAUGAGAGAGCAAAGAGAAGGGGAAAGUGCAGAGGUAGCCCCAGGGGCUACAGGGCACUUGGCCUUGUUCCCCAGGGCCUCAGUUGAAGCAGUGUUCCGCCCUUCCUUCCUCCUCCCUCCCUUCUCCCAUUUUCCCUCCUUC